ACAAACAAUCGGAACAGUACAUAGUAUAAAAGAAAACACAAAAUAAGAUUAAAGUGCCACGAAAUGGCCCCAUCUCAGCAUGUUGCUGGUGGCUUCCAGCGCUGAUCUUCCGAUGAGACCAUCAAGUGAGAAGAAUCACGGAAGGUAACAAACAAGAAGAAAAAAGACAGAAAUAACAUACAGUCAACAGUUAAUUAAAUAAGAAAAAAAAAGUUACACAGCAAGAGGAUACAACAUAAUGACUAUUUACAAUUAAGAUUAAUUAAUACAUAAAACAAGCAUCGUGCUCUAAAUCGCUGUAUCGAUCCGGUCCGACCAUAUCUUGGCUGAGCAUUACAGCUGUAUAUACUACUAGCGCCAACGGUGGCUACACUAACUAAAAAGCAAUGUCAGACCAAACCAAUAUCGAGCGUUCAUUAAAUCUACGUUAAAAAAUCUUGUAAGAUUAGCUUAUUAGCAAAACAGCAUUGUAGAAUGACGAAUUUACGAAAAUGUACGAAAUACUAACAUAACAGCACUCUACUAAGUAUGGCGUAUAAGGAAUGAUGAACCCUUGUCAGGCCAAAGGAACAAAACACUUGAGAUUACCAAAACCAAACACCCCGGCUGGAGAGAAAUGGUUAAAUUUUUUGCGCUUUUGCAACGAAGACAGCAAUUGGCAGCCGAAAAAGGAUCAAAGGCUGUGUUCCAAACAUUUCACGACGGAUUCAUUUGUGAAAAACUUAAAUAAUCAACGUACUUAUUUAAAGGAGGAAGCCAUACCCACGAUAAUCGGCCCCGUCACAUAUCAAAAGAUGACACGUAAAGUUAAGGAUACACAGGAAAAGAGUCCAUUGGCCGCGGACCUUCUGGUACCCAGUGCCACCGAUACGGAAGGCCUCAAUGAGAUUAAACAGAGCCCAGCGGCCGCGGAGCCCCUGGUACCCAGCCCCAGCAGCGACACAGAAGACCUAGAUGUGAUGAAACAGAGUCCAUCGUCCUCCGAUACAUGGGUACCGAGCCCCAGCUACGAAAUGGAAGUCGAGGAUGAGUUUUAUGAGGUUCCAAUGGUAACCCUAGCUCCAGCCGUAUCUUCAAACAAACUCCGUCCUUGCUGCGACAAUAAUAAAGAACUCUUAAUUAAAAUUGACAAGUUAGAAAGGACAGUAAAACGGGUACAAAAAGUAGCAAACAAACGCAAUUCGACAAUUAGAGCUUUGAGAAUGCAGCUUAAGAGACUAAGGAAGAGUAAAGAAGCUGAAAGCGAGAACUUGCUGAGGUUCGCACAGAAAGAAAGAGAUGACAGGGAAUACAUUACUGUCAUGAAUUGUUUGAGAAUAAACAACCCGUUGCUUGAUCAUUUUGUUUCUUCCGCGAGAGGAAAGAUGUCAGAGCCUAGCGCCGCCCUGAAGAAAUACGUCAUGAUGCUUCAUCUAGUUUCUCCGCGUGCGUAUAAUUUCGUGAGAGAGGAAUGCGAUUUGGCGUUGCCCCACCCAGAAACCGUUGCCAAAUGGUGCCGGAGAGUGUACAAUCCUGAUGUUAGUGACGAUGAAUGCGAUCCUGGUUUUACGAAAGAAGAAUACGAUGAGAUCAAGGAUAGGGUUAAACAAAAUGACGCCAAACCUGUGUACUUAGUUUUCAUGGAUUAAAUCACUCUAAACUGAAAAUCGUAAGUCAAGUCCAAAUAAGUUUUUGGCAAAAAUUUCAUAUUUGGUACAAGCUUUUAUCGCUGACUGUACUUUUCUUUCCACAGGCAACUAAUGCUCAUCGAGACAAUUUUAAUAACCCCAAACACAAUUAGGUUUCGUUGUUUUAUCACAUAGUUCCUAUGGCCACCUCCGGUCUCCAUCAUCAGAUCAGCUCGAUGACACCAUAAUAUUGUAUUGUCACCCGACUUACGUAUGUAUGCAAAAUUUAAGCUCAAUCGGAAACCGGGAAGUGGAUCAAAUUUAACUUGCAAGAUUUGAUUACACACAGACAAUGGUCAGGUGAAACUAAAUAAAAGCUUGUAAAAAAGUAAGACAACGUUGCCACUGCAAUAAUUUGUUUGUAAAAUAGUAAAUUCCUUUUGAUAAAUAAUCACGCUAAGAUUAUUUAUUUAUUACUAAUUUUACUCCUACGAUUUAAAAAAGAAUUUUUUGUUACUUAUUUCUACAGAAAUACAAGACGCUAGUAAAAAGUGGCAACAUUGUCUUUUCUUGGUCUUGAAUUACGUUUUGCAGUAUAGACCGCGGGUCAGGAGCAAAUAUUUAAUAACAUCAGUCAUCGCCUCCCGUUUGAUACUUUGUCAGAUGAUAGUUUAGAUGUUAUCAUGACUUAAAAAAAUAGUCAGCCGGUUGUAUCGCGGUGGAAAGACCGUCAGUUGAUCCUGUCCGCAAAUCCAUAAGGCGUUUAUUGAAAUGCCUGACGAAACCCUACAUGCAAAGUUUAAUGAUUUAGUUAUUACUAUAAUAAAAAAGGUACAGUGCUUAUUUUUUACAUGUUUAUGCAAGUAGCUGACGGUGUUUCCAGCGCUAUACAACCGGCUGACGGUUUUUUUUAUUUAUAAUAAUUAAUAACAUCUAAACUAUCUUCUGACAAAGUAUGAAACGGGAGGCGACGACAAAAUUUAUUUUAUUUUUUACUUGUUUCGGUGGCUGUCAUUCCUCAACCCACCAACGGUGCGCCAGCUGACGUCCAUGUGGGAUCAUCAUACAUAGCCGUUAACCAAUAUACGAGUUAUCACCCGGGAGGCGAUUGGUCAUGGAAAUCUGUUAGUGGGUCGCGGUCUACUAGUAGAGCAGAAGGUCUGCCAGACUGCCUUGCUUGCUCCUGGCAAGGGGUUGUGCACAAAUCACGCGAGGUGUUUUCGGGUACUUUUUGACCCCCCCUCCCCCUUGGUGAUAUUUGGUGAGGUUUUUGGCUACCCCCCUCCCCCCACACAACCUCACGUGUAUUUUUUUUUAAUUUUUUCAUUCGACCUAAUUUUAAGAUAAAUAGUAUUUUAUAUAGAAAAUAUUGUUUAUUUUUCUAUUUUCGUUAAAAAAUAGACCUGCUAUUUUGAAAUGUAGAGUGUAGAUUUAUGUUUAACGAAACCGAGAAAAAGUAUCUACUCAUGUGGUAGGUUUUUUUUCUUAGUUUCGUUCACUGUAGAAAAAUACACUUGAGGUUUCCUUAUACCCCCCUCCCCCAACGUGAUCUAUCGUGAUUUUUUCGCGACCCCAUCGAACCUCGCGUGAUUUGUGCACAAGCCCCAAUAGCUAACCCAGUGGUGGGUAAACAUUUUUCAUGGGGGGGGGGGGCAGAAAGUUUAAGAAAUUUAAGUGAAGGGCCAGAAUUGUAUUCGUAUUGCGAAAUAAUACGUUUAUUCCAUAAACUAAUUAUUUCAUAGGACCGGCGGCGGGCCGGAAAAAAUGUGACGUUCCAUGGUAAAAGGUACCUUAUGGCGGCUGGCGCUUACGUCGCAUAGCGCCGCAAUUAUAUUGGAGCGGCGUUAGUAAUAGCGUAAGCGCCAACCGCCUUAAGGUACCUUUACCCGUGGGACGUAACAAAUCCAUUCGCGGCCCGGAGAUGUCCCGCGGGCCGUGCUUUGCCCACCAUUGGGCUAACCCAUAUCGUGUAGGUGUGUUUAGUUUUUUAUUAUUUAAUUUAUUUUAUCGUCGGGUGACAAGCAAAAGUCACUAACUAAAAUCAUUGCAAUUAUUGGACAAUACACCGUGUUACAAGUGUAAUAAAGUGCAUUGUUUCUUGAAUUUUUUGUAUUGUUUAUAUUAUUGUGCCACUAACAUAGUUAUUAAGAUAACUCUGUAACUAACGUACUAUGGAUCGAACUUGGUCUGAAUUAAAUGAUUUAUUGUAAAUUACAUUAAGGGGUUAUCCAUUAAUUACGUCACACGUUUAGGGCUUGGGAGGGGGUCAAGAAAAUGUGACAUGUUGUGACAUGGGGGAAGGGGGAGUCACAAACAUUGUGACGUCACUUUAACUU